AUGCUACUACAGCAAAGGCAGACAGAAACUUUGAUAGCAGCCCAUCAACAGCUCACCGCUUCAAUGACUUUACCGCAGUCAUCUAUAAGCAUAUUUAGAGGCGAUCCUUUAGAAUACAGAACCUUUGUCACGUCUUUUGACGCUCGAAUACAACAUCGAGUUCAUAACAAAGCUGACCUUCUCUACUAUUUAAAUCAAUAUUUAACUGGAGAACCGAAAGAUCUGAUCGAAGGCUGUUUACACAUGGACCCUGAUGAAGGUUACACAGAAGCAAGACGGUUGUUGAAGAAGGAGUAUGGGGAUCCAUAUAAGAUAUCCAUGGCAUAUAUCCAGAAAAUCUUAAGUUGGCCAGCUAUCAAAUCGGAUGAAGGAAAGGUCCUGAAAUCAUUUUCUCUUUUUCUGAUCAAAUGUAAGACCGCUAUGAAGAGUAUUUCUCAUUUGUGUGUACUUGAUCAUGCACCGAACAUGCAAGCAGUGGUAUCAAAGUUGCCGUUCCAUCUGCAAGCAAAGUGGAGAGAUCUCGUAGCCAAGAUCAGAAGAGACAACGCAAAGAUAGCCAACUUUGAGAACUUGACUGAUUUUGUUCAAUCCGCUGCUGAUGCUGCAAAUGAUCCAGUAUUUGGGAAAGAUGCUCUCAGUAAAGGCAAAGAAAAUUCCAAGAAAUUUGAAAGGAGAGACGGUAGUCAGUCAAAGAACCAGAACUUUAGUUUCGUAACGAACCCUACGUUAAAAACCGUUGAACAAAGAAAAGAAUACCUUAAGCAGAACAAGAUGUGUUUCGCGUGUUACGAGAAGAACCACAUAUCAAAGGGCUGUCUACGAAAAAGGAAAUGUAAGAAAUGUAAUAAGCCACAUCCAUCUGCACUUCAUAUUGAGGAUUUCAAGUUAGAGAAUCAAGAUCAUGAGAACAAGGAAGAAGUUAAGAAUGCUUGUACUAAAAUACCAUUCAACUCCCCGAAUGAUGUAGUGAUCGUACAUGCUAUCAUUCCAGUGAAAGUCAAGCGGAAGGGUGGCACCGCAACAGUAACUACCUACGCAUUUUAUGACAACGGUAGUGGAGGCUGUUUCCUAACAGAAAGUCUUCAAGAACAGCUCGGUGUACAAGGCCGAAGUACGAAGUUGCAGCUUGGAACGAUGCUCGGUCGUAAUUUGGUGGACAGUACCAUUGUAGAAGAUUUGGUAGUGACUGAUAUGAAAGACGCUAAUCCAGUCGAAAUACCAAGACUGUAUACAAGAACUGAGAUUCCAGUCACAGAGAAACAAAUCCCUACUCCUGGAAUGAUGCAACGGUGGCAACACCUUCACGAAAUUGCGAAGUUGAUUCCAGAGUUUCAACCAGGCCUUGAAAUCGGUUUAUUAAUCGGUAGUAAUUGCCCAGCAGCACUCGAGCCUUUAGAAGUUGUACCCAGCCAUGGUGAGGGUCCCUUCGCAAUGCGUCUUCGUCACGGAUGGACUUUGAUUGGUCCCCUGUCCAUAAUCAACACCUCACAAACUGACAUCUCGUGUCAUCGAAUUGUUGUUCGUGAAGCAAAUGAUACAGUUAAAGAAGUAGUAUGUUUGAAAUGGACUUUAACGACUGCAAAAAAUCCAGAGGUCAUAUUACCAAACAACAGAAGUCAGGCAUUGAAGCGAGCAUUGUGGCAGAAAAAGAAAAUGCAACGUGAUACCAAAUACCACCGUGAUUACUGUGAAUUUAAGAACGAAAUCAUUCGCCAAGGUUAUGCUCGUAAGAUACCUGAAAGUGAAGUUUGUCCAGCGUCUGGUAAAGUUUGGUCCAAUCUUACAAAUUCUCUCGUUGGUGUUCUUACCCGCUUCAGAAAAGAACCCAUAGCCUUUAUGGCGGACGUGGAGGCCAUGUUCCAUCAAGUUCGGGUGCCAAAAGAACAGUGGAACUAUUUGAGGUUUCUUUGGUGGCCAGAAGACAAAACUGUAGAAAGUACCACGAACUUAAUGCAAGACCUAAAGAUAGUGUGCGCAAAAGGAGGAUUUCAUUUGACCAAAUUUGUCAGUAACAGUCGUGCGGUUCUUGAGACAAUCCCAGCAGAAGAACGUUCAAAGGAAACCAGAACAUUAGACCUAGACUGUGACAAACUACCUAUUGAACGUGCUCUUGGAAUGCAGUGGUGCGUCGAAUUAGAUGUUUUCGAAUUCUGCAUUGUUCUUAGCAACAAACCGCUUACUAGAAGAGGAAUAUUAUCAACUGUCUCCUCCGUCUAUGAUCCUCUUGGUUUCGGAGCCCCGUUUUUACUCCCCGCAAAGAAAAUACUUCAAGACCUUUGCCGUGAAGACCUUGGCUGGGAUGAGGAAGUUUCUGAAGGGCACAAGAUUCGGUGGGGAAAAUGGCUAAAAGAGCUCCUUUCACUUCAGAAGUUGCAAGUGCCACGAUGCUUCAAACCCACAGAUUUUGGGAAAGUAGUUUCUCAACAAAUUCAUAUCUUCUCCGAUGCCAGUGCAACAGGCUAUGGAGCGGUAGCAUACCUUCGUUUAUGUGAUGAGAAUGAUCGUAUCUAUUGUUCAUUCCUACUGGGUAAAGCUCGUCUAGCUCCGAUAAAGAUAGUUACGAUACCACGUUUGGAACUCACCGCCGCGGCAGUAGCCGUUCGUAUCGGAGAACUGUUAAAGAAUGAGUUGGACGAUAUCUUUGACAUGAAAAACCAUACCGAUUCCACAACCGUUCUUCGUUAUAUCAUGAACGAGAAACAAAGGUUUCACGUAUUUGUGGCAAACCGUAUCCAAUUAAUUCGUAACUAUUCAGAUCCAAGUCAAUGGAGAUACGUUUCAACCGAUGACAAUCCUGCCGAUGAUGCUUCACGAGGAACAAGUGGUGAUCGACUAUCUCAACAGCGACGAUGGUUCCAAGGUCCAGAGUUCCUUUGGAAACCAGAACAUGAGUGGCCACAACAGCCAGUCGAUAUGGGUCAAAUUAAUGAAGAUGAUCCUGAAAUUAAACAGCAAGUUGAAACUCGGCGUGGCCCUGUACUACGUUUAAGAAGUGAUAAUGGUUCAAAUUUUGUCGGUGCAAAUAGGGAACUUAAACGAGCCUUAGAAGAAAUGGAUCAAGAUGACAUCCGUAUCAAACUUCGCCAAGAAGGAAUAGAGUGGCAAUUCAAUCCACCAUCGGCUAGCCACAUGGGCGGCGUGUGGGAGCGCCAAAUCAGAUCUACAAGAAAGGUUCUAGCGGGUUUAAUGUACGAGCACUGCAGUCGUUUGGAUGAAGAGUCAUUCAGAACCUUAGUAUGCGAAGUUGAAGCUAUAAUUAAUUCUAGACCAUUAACGUCGGUAUCAAAUGAUCCUUCUGAUCUACACCCACUAACCCCCAAUCACCUACUCACAACGAAGUCUACUGUGGUACUUCCUCCUCCUGGAAAUUUCCAAAAGAACGACAUCUACCUGCAUCGUCGCUGGCGAAGAGUUCAAUAUCUGGUGAAUCUGUUUUGGACUAGAUGGAAGAAAGAAUAUCUUCUUACCCUACAAGAACGAAGUAAAUGGCAACAACCUAAGCGUAACCUUAUGACGGGAGAUGUCGUAAUUUUAAAGGAAGAAAAUACACCGCGUAAUGUGUGGCCAUUAAGUUUAGUCGUGGACACAGAACCAGAUUCUCAAGGAUUCGUUAGGACUGUAAUGAUAAAAGCAAAAGAAACUGUGUAUAAGAGACCAAUCUCGAAGAUUGUACUUUUGUUGGCCAAAGAAGAUCAGUAA